CGGAGGGGCCGUGCGAGUCCGCGGCACCUGCUGGCACCAUGGCUCGAAACGCGGAAAAGGCCAUGACGGCCUUAGCAAGGUUUCGACAAGCUCAGCUUGAGGAGGGAAAAGUUAAGGAGCGAAGACCCUUCCUUGCUUCAGAGUGCAAUGAACUGCCUAAAGCUGAGAAGUGGAGGCGGCAGAUCAUUGGGGAGAUUUCCAAGAAAGUGGCACAGAUUCAGAAUGCUGGAUUAGGUGAAUUCAGAAUUCGGGACCUGAACGAUGAGAUAAACAAACUUCUGAGGGAGAAAGGACACUGGGAAUUCAGAAUAAAGGAGCUAGGAGGUCCUGACUAUGCUAGGAUUGGACCAAAAAUGUUAGAUCAUGAAGGGAAGGAAGUUCCAGGAAACAGAGGUUACAAAUACUUUGGAGCUGCAAAGGAUCUACCAGGAGUGAGAGAGCUUUUUGAAAAGGAACCCCUCCCACCACCUCGGAAGACUCGAGCUGAGCUUAUGAAAGCCAUUGAUGCAGAGUACUAUGGCUACAGGGAUGAGGAUGAUGGUAUUCUGGAGCCACUGGAACAGGAAUAUGAAAAGAAAGUUAUAGCAGAAGCAGUGGAAAAAUGGAAAAAGGAGAGAGAAGCACGACUUGCAAGGGGUGAGGAGGAGGAGGAAGAGGAAGAGAAUAUCUAUGCUGUCAAUGAUGAUGAGUCCGAUGAGGAUAGCGGCAAGGAAAAAGAAGGUGAAGAAGGUCAGCCAAAAUUUAUUGCACAUGUACCAGUGCCAUCCCAACAGGAGAUUGAGGCAGCUCUUGUGAGGAGAAAGAAGAUGGAGCUUCUUCAGAAGUACGCCAGCGAAACCCUCAUGGCACAGAGCGAAGAGGCAAAAACACUUUUAGGAUUGUAACAUUGCACCAGUACGUCCCAGGUUUUGUAUAAUGCAGCUGAAAGGAACAGGUUCAUAUAUUCUGUGGCAAUCACUUGUAGCUCUGAAGGUCCCUUUGGAUGUUGAGAGUGAACUGGUUAAGUUCCAGCAUGUUCUGCUGAAAGCAAGCUGUUGCUUUGGGUUUGCCAGUAGGAUGACCUACGCUUCAGUAAUGAAGAAGAUCAAUUCUAGUUUUAACCUGUCUCUAUAUCUGCAGCAACUGCCUUUAGUCCUUGCCCCUUUUAAAAUGGUCUGUGCAGUGGUACCUCUUGCAGACAGAACCACAAACCCAGUGACUGUGUCAGUCCUGAUGUAAAGCUGUCUGGUGUUGCUGCCAUUGUCUGCUGUACCCUGCCUGCAGGUGUGCACAUCUUUCUGAAGUGAGCUUUUGCUGAGCCGAGUGCAGAAAUAAUUUAUGAUGCCUGGUUAGUUUACCAGAGUAGCCUAGAAACUGUCCAGAGGUACCUUGAAGGCAGAUUUGAUGAGCAACUUGGAAGUUGAUUUGGGUUUUUUUAUACAACACACACGUUAUGUCUAAAAGCUGUU